GGGUUUAUUAGCUUGGGUUUAUAAGUCAGGAACUAGGAAGUGGCACACUGAGACACAACCGAUUUUCAGGGAGUAAGAAAUGGGUUUCUGGGGAAUUGAAGUGAAACCAGGAAAGCCACACCCUUAUCACUCAGAUAAUGUGCCAGGAACGCUUCACAUAACUCAGGCGACGUUAGGCCUUGGUUCAUCUUCAGAGAGGAGCAUACUUCAGUGUUCUGUGGGACACAAGAAUCCCAUUUUCUUGUGUUCUUUAUUACCAAAUAAGAAUGAGUCUUGCUCAUUGAGUCUUGAAUUUGGAGAAGAAGAUGAUGUGGUAGCCUUCUCAGUAAUAGGCCCAAGAAGCAUCCACCUCUCUGGUUACUUUGUUGGUGAUGAUGGUGAUCACCUUCGAGAUGAAUAUGAUUCUGACUCGUAUGGGGAAGAAUUUGCUGAGAUUGACUCAGAUGAGUCUUCUGAUUAUGAUAUUGAAGAUGAGUAUGGUGACUUUGAUGAUGAUGACGGUGGUCUUGAUGAUUUUCACGUUUUGAACUCAAGUGCCCCCAAAAGUGGAGUUGUAAUUGAGGAGAUAGUGGAUGAUGAGAAGCCUGCAAAUGGGAAGGUUGAAUCUACAAGAGAAAAGAAAAAGAAACAAUCAAACGAUUAUGAGGGUAAAAGCAACUCUGAGCAUCAACUUGUUGUCAGGAAAGCUACAGGUGAGCCAGUUUUGGAAAGUGAAGAUGAAGAUGGCUUUCCUGUUUCUGCUUCACAUAUUGAGGCUCAAGGCACUGAUAAAAAAAGAAAGGUUAAAAGUACUGUUGAAGAUGACCAACAAGAAAGGAAGAAAAAGAAGAAAAAGCAAAAAGAAAAGGGUACAGAUAACAUGAAUGGCACAUCACAGGAUAAAAUCCAGCCCCAGGAGGUAGAAAUUAAUGACAAGAUUCAGAUUUCACCUGUUGAAAAUGAAACUGAUCAGAAGCCAUCAAGUAACAAGGUUGUCACUGACACAAAUAGCAUCCCUAGCGAAAAUCUUUCUGAGAAGAAGAAAAAGAAAAAGAAGAAGAAGAAGAACCAGGAAAGUGAGGGAGGUGAUAGUGCAAAUCAGACUGUUUCAGCGAGUGGAGAUAAGAACACUUCAACUUCGAAGACUGAGGAGAAGCAAUCUGCAGUCAACCCCUCUCAAGUGAGAACAUUUCCAAAUGGGUUGGUCAUUGAAGAGCUAGUGAUGGGAAAACCAGAUGGCAAACGGGCAUCUCGUGGAAAACAGGUUAGUGUCCGCUACAUUGGCAGGCUCAAGAAGAACGGAAAAAUAUUUGACUCUAAUGUGGGAAAGGCACCCUUCAAAUUCCGCCUAGGUGUAGGACAAGUGAUUAAAGGAUGGGAUGUUGGGGUUGAAGGAAUGCGUAUUGGGGAUAAAAGAAAGCUCACAAUUCCACCAUCAAUGGGAUAUGGGUCUCAGGGUGCUGGUGGGAAGAUACCACCAAAUUCAUGGCUCGAGUUUGACGUUGAGUUGAUUGAUGUUCGCUGAACGCUGAUUUUCCUCAUUUCAUUACUAAUCAGUUUUGAUGUGUUUGAAAAAUUCCCUUCAGUUUUUCACUUUUGCUAGUUGAGUAAAACCUUUGUACCAAAUGGUAUUCUUGAGAGAGAUAUUUUUCGGGAAAGUCAAGAAGAUUUUGUUUUUAUGAAUGAUAAUAGGAUCGUUGCUAGUGAAUAUGGUAUAAUUUCGUUUUUCCAGACUCCGAGUUAGAAUGCACACAUAACGUGUUUUUUUCUACCCGACUGAUGCUUUUGAUAGAAGAAAUGCAAUUUUGCAUCAGAGACAUUCCUAGGUCUAUAGAUGUUGGCGGCCUUGAAAACUUUGUGUGCGCUUGAAUGUAAAAGAAUUUGACUUUGUAUAGUGUUUUUGAAUUAUAAACAACGUCUACCAUU